UAAUGGGGCUGCCCACCCACAUGGCCUGGGAUCCUCUUCCCCAGCUCCAAGACUAUGGCUGGCUCAUGCUUUGAGAAAAAAGCUUUGAAAAUAUGUCUGCAUAGCUAUCCAAGACAAGGGCAGAGGGAAGAGCAAGUUUCUGGACUCUGACGAGAUGAGAAAUUGUGCUCUUUGUAGUGGUUGUUUGCCAUUUGAGUUACCUUUUGAUCCAGGCAGCACUUGGGUUCUGAGCAAGAGCCUGACUGCAGGUUUGACUGAUCCCCACCCAAGUCCCCGAGUCUCGGGGUGCUGUGACAUCAGGAACUGCUGGCCCAAAACUUCAAACCCAAAACCUGGUGGAAGGUUGUAGCCCUGGCUUCCCCUGAGACAGUUGUGCGUCUCAGACCCUGCAUGGUCCCUUCCAGGCCCCUUGACGAAAGAGGUCAAGGAAACCUCAGGCCGAGUGUGCAGGGGUGUGGGGUGCCGUGAGACCCUGCUGGGCCUGGUGAAGGGGGGCCUCCAGCUGGGCUGAGGGGCACUUUGGGGGUGGGUACCCUCCGCUGUGCUUUGGAGAUUGGGCUGCUCACAUGAGUCUGGGUGCUGAGCCUUCCUUUAGUGGUAAAGAGCGGAGUUUGGGGGGCACCCCAGGGUUUGAGGGGACUGUGGACUCCAGGCCUAAAAGGCCUGCUGAUUGAGGACUUGGCCCCCAGAAGCUGGGGGGCAUUUUCUAAGACCUGCUAUUGUCCCAAGGCCCAGGGGCCAGGGCUCCUCCUCAAGAGUCCGGACGGUUCCUUCAGCUCCCCCAGGGGGAAGCUGGUUCAGAUAGAGGCCCCGGCCUGCAUGGCCUGGGUGCCCUGGGCAGGCAGGGGGAGGGGCUGCUGGGCGACAUCCUGGGGGCAGGGACAAAUGCCCACUUUUGGGCCAUUGCAGAGGGGCUUGGGCUGAGGCACAACUUGGUAGGGUUGGGGAACCCAGGGGUGAGAGAGGGAGAGGGGGUUUUGUUGAAAUCACAGGCUUGUGCCUGGAGUCCUUCCUGAGGCUUUCCGGGCAGGGGCUGCAUGAGGGGCUAGCUGGGUUCUGCUGGGUGAUGAGUGUGGUGCCAGGCAUUAGUUCUUUGGCCACUGUGUGUCGCACUGGUGGUCCUAUCCUACCUCUUCAGUGCGUAAUAAGGCCAGUCCUGUCCUCGUUGCCUUUUUUUUGGCUGCGCCAUGUGGCCUGCGGAAUCUUAGUUCCCCGACCAGGGAUCGAACCCGUGCCCCCUGCAGUAGAAGCGCGGAGUCUUAACCACCGGACCGCCAGGGAAGUCCCCUUGUUGUCUUUUUUUUUUUUUUUUUUUUUAAUUUGGUUGGGCUGGGUCUUGGUUGUGGCAGGCGGGCUCCUUAGUUGUGGUUUGUGGGCUCCUUAGUUGCGGCUCGCCGGCUCCUUAGUUGAAGCACGUGGGCUCCUUAGUUGCGGCUCGCGGUCUCCUUUGCUGUGGCAUGCGAACUCUUAGUUGCAGCAUGCAUGUGGGAUCUAGUUCCCUGACCCAGGCUCCCUGCAUUGGGAGCACGGAGUCUUAUCCAUUGUGUUAUCAGGGAAGUACCUCCCCGCCCCUUGUUGUCUUUUGUGCCGGAGAAAAUUGAGGCCCAGAGAAGGAUGUGACCAGCCUCAGAGCAUACUGCUGGUGACCUGUGGGGUCUGGCCAGCAUCUGUCCUGGGAGGGCCUGGGAGGCCCUACAAGGUCCUGGGUUGUGGAGCCCCCUCCGUAGCCCUCCCUGUCUCUAGGGUCUUCCUGGCAGGUGGUGGGAAGGCAGCCCAUCCUGGGCACUGCAGGAACUGCUCCUUGGAACUGCCCAAGCUCUCGGGGGCUUGGCCCUGGCACGUAGUGUGGGGCACUCCGACUGCCCUGGCUUGUGCUGUCUGUCAGAGGCUUGGCAUAUGGCCAACGCUGUGCUGAGCCCUCUGGGGCCCAGCUUCUGGAUGGGCAAACUGGGGCAGGUACAGUCCAGCCCGACCACCGCAGAGGCCCUGGGCCAGGCCUGCGUGCAGAGUUAGGUCUCGCUCUGGAGGCCGAGGGGGAGCCUGGCUGGUGGGGAGGGCUCUGGAGCAUGGUGACUGUCCUGCUGUGGACAGACCGCCUGGGCUGGGUAGGUGCCGGGGCCAAGGCUGGCCACCUGCUGGCCACCCAGAGAGCGCCCCUAGGGUGGCCGGUAAGGGACUAGCCACGUGUGGCCGUUGGCUUGCCCCUUGGCAGGCCGGCAGCACUUGGAGCGCCUUGCUGGUUAGCCGCGUUCCGAUUCAGAGCUGAGCGGUUAGGGCUGCAGGGGCAGCGCCCCCGCCUCCCCAGAGCCCAACAGAGGGCAGGUGCCCUAGUACCUGAGCCUGUGUUGGGUCUGGAGGCUCCGGGAGGGUGGGAUGGGGACUGGCCCUGGAGCCUGGGAACUCCUGCGGCCCCCAGGUUCUGAGGCGAGGCCUGCCGGGGGGCGCGCAGGCCACCCCCUCCGCUCCAGAGCAGGGGGCUUCCAGGGCGGCGCUGGGAGCGAGCAGUCACACAGCCGGCAGCCUCGGGUCCCUCAGGAAGUCCCAGGACUCCAUCCCGAGUCGCUCGCCUGCAGGCCCACGCCCUGGCUGGGCCACCGGAGACAGAGGAGAAGCCCGCUGGGUUGGGCCCAGCAGCGACUGUUGCUCUCUGCUGAGGCCCUCGGGCCCUGCCUUGGGGCACCUAGAACCAGAGCCGCGCAGAGCGGUGCGGGGUCCCCAGGCCUUCCUGGCUUCCUCACUGGGGUGCUAGGCAGCGGCUGGGACUUCAGCAAGCCCGGUGCUUCCUUGUCUGGCCUCACUUCCGGGGGCCCUGCAGCUUCUUCCUCCCAUGACUGAGUGGUCAGGUCGCCAUGUACUGCUUCCUCUCUGCCUUCUAGAAGCCACAGCGACCCUCUCCCUGGGGCUGUGGCACGGUGAAGCCAGGCCCUCUUGGGCUCAGGCCCUUGGCGGGGCUUUGAGAACACGUGUGACCUGGGCUCUUGGUCUGAGCUUCCCACAGGGUGGCAGCAGCCUACGGUGCCGUGUCCCCCUACCCUCUCCUCCACUCAUCGCGUCUCUGGCUUCUCCACUGACCCCGGGCGGUGGACGGGUCAGACUGCUUUUCCUCCCUGGCCGCUCUCGGGACCAGCCUCGCUCCACGACCCCCAGCCAGGCUGUGUGUCCAGAGAAGGCGCUGGCCGGCCCCUGCCAGCCCCCUCCUCGUCUCGCACAUCUUAACUUUUGACCUGACUUAGAAAUUGAGAUUUGAGUGCAGCUGAUCUAGGGUGCUUGUGUGGACCUGGAUCCUGUGACUGAGGCCUUUGUCCCCGGCCCCCGCAUCGGUCCUCAGCACAUAGGUCCCAUCGCUCACUGGACCCCAAGCAUGACCCACAGGCGCUGAGAGCUCACUCAGCCUCUUGCAGCCCUCAGCUCAGGGUGCACGGACCCCUGGUGUUUACCGAGGACCCCAUCGUGUGCAGGCGUGGCUUGGCAGUGGCCCUUGUACUAAUGGUCACUUGAUGUGCGCUGGCUGUUUUAUCCACCUACUAGCAGAUGCCCGGCUGAAGGAGGAGCAAGCCACGUGCCCCAACUGUCGUUGCGAGAUCAGUAAGAGCCUCUGCUGCCGCAACCUGGCCGUGGAGAAGGCCGUGAGCGAGCUGCCCUCUGAGUGUGGCUUCUGCCUGUGCCAGUUCCCCCGCUCCCUCCUGGAGAGGCACCAGAAAGAGGAGUGCCAGGACAGGGUGACGCAGUGCAAGUACAAGCGUAUCGGCUGCCCAUGGCACGGCCCUUUCCACGAGCUGACAGUGCACGAGGCCGCGUGUGCCCACCCAACCAAGACGGGCAAUGAGCUGAUGGAGAUCCUGGACGAGAUGGACCAGAGCCACCGCAAGGAGAUGCAGCUCUACAACAGCAUCUUCAGCCUGCUCAGCUUCGAGAAGAUCGGCUACACAGAGGUCCAGUUCCGGCCGUACCGCACGGACGACUUCAUCACGCGCCUGUACUAUGAGACGCCGCGGUUCACGGUGCUGAACCAGACGUGGGUCCUGAAGGCGCGCGUGAACGACUCAGAGCGCAACCCCAACCUGUCGUGCAAGCGCACGCUGUCCUUCCAGCUCCUCCUCAAGAGCAAGGUAACGGCGCCCCUGGAGUGCUCUUUCCUGCUGCUCAAGGGCCCGUACGACGACGUGAAGAUCAGUCCUGUCAUCUACCACUUUGUCUUCACCAAUGAGAGCAACGAGACGGACUACGUGCCGCUGCCCAUCGUCGACUCCGUGGAGUGCAACAAGCUGCUGGCCGCCAAGAACAUCAACCUGCGGCUCUUCCUGUUCCAGAUACAGAAGUAGGCAGCCCCGAGGCACUGCCCACGCCUGCCCGGCAGCGGCUUCACGGCGCCAUUGCCCAUCUCAGCCAAGAAGGAAGAGGAACAGAAGCGAACACUGGGACGUCUGCAUGCGUGUGCGAAGGCGGGAGCGCCCCUCUCGCCCUCUGCCCCACCUCCCCUGUCCCGGGCGCUGGAGGCCGGGCCACCGCAGAGGAGACGCUGCUCGGGGACCCAGGGGGCGCGGCGCAGCACGGCAGCCUGGCCCCGGCCCCUACCGCGCAGCGGGCCACACGCCUGCUCUGGGCCGCACAUGGGGCUGCGCAUGGCCCCUGGGCCGGGCUCGGGGGCGCUGACCUCAGACGGCAUAUUUGAUUGCAAUUAAAAAGGCACCCUUGUUUCCUA